AUGUUUCUUAAAACAUGUAAAGCUGAAAAUCUUAAAUCAAAAUGUACACGUAUCAAAAUUGCCUCCCCACAUUUCAAAUCAUCUGAAUCUUAUACAAAAUGUCAACAACUUAUAAUUCAAUCAGAAAUCAUGGUAAGUGUCAAAUGAUGAAAUUAAAUUAAAUGUAAAAUCAGCAAAUAAUGUUACGCCAGCAGCGACAAGAGGAGACUCGCCAACAACAGCAAUUUAACCAUAAUGUAGUUAUUAAUCUUUCAUCAAGAAAUCUAACAAAAGAUCAGCACGCUACACUUGCUUUUGGUUUACAAUAUAUAUUUCCGCCAACCUCUUUAGAUCUUUUAUAGACUCACACAUUGGUAGCGUAAUAAAAAUGUGAAUCAGAGGAGACAUUCAUUCAACCGUCCUUCGUUUAGAAAGAACU